AUGGAUGUGAGGAGAGUUUUGGCUUUUUCAUUGCUGAUGCUCAGUGUGUUGACUUCUGCAUCCAGAGUGCUUGGAGGCCAACAUAUAUGCAAGAGGGGCACCAACAAGCCCUGCUACAAAAUUGGCUACUUUGAGAAUAGCGGGCACAAGCUAAACUUUGAGGAUGCACAGAGAGCAUGCAAAAGGGAUGGAGGAGAGCUGCUCAGCAUCGAGUCACCGGCAGAGCAAAGUCUCAUCGAAGGCUUUAUUCAGGAGCUGAAACCUUCAGAUGGUGACUUUUGGAUCGGUCUACGCAGAGAGCCAAAUUACGAGGAAAGCAGCAUUGACUGCAAGUCUCAGUACUACUGGCUGGAUGGCAGUCGAUCAAAUUUCAGGAAUUGGCACAUAGAUGAGCCCUCCUGUGGUUACGAGGUGUGUGUGGUGAUGUACCACCAACCAUCAGCUUCUUCAGAUGAGGGAAACAGGUACAUGUUCCAGUGGAAUGACGACAACUGUGAGACGAAGAACAAUUUCAUUUGCAAGUAUACCAGAGAUAUCUUUACGACAAGAAUGACGGCGGCGACGGAAGUCGCCAGAAAGCCGUCAUCGACUGUUGUGAUGAGCGGUGUGGUUGUUCAACCUACAGAUAACGUAAUGAACAUUGUUUACAUUAUACUCCCUACGAUACCUCUACUGCUGCUCCUGAUCGUAGCAAAUGGAGUUUUCUGCUUCAAGCUGUUCGCUAAAAGACGAAGAAAGCAAACAGAGACUACGGUAGAUAAGAAUGGAACCUGGGCCCCAGGAGAGAGAUGCAGCAGCCCGAGUCCAGAUGUGUACAAAGUGAUCCGGAGGCAGCAUGAGAUUGACCUGAGCGACACCCGUCCUCAAACCAAAAACACCUCCUUCCUGGGCUCCUCCCCAGACACACCGACUGACGAGUAUGACAAUCUUGGAGGCAAAGACACCGAGAGUGGUUUUGUCACACUGGCCAGCACGGAGAGCGGCUUCGUCACCAACGACAUGUACGAGUUCUACCAGAACAGGUCCAGCACCAGGUACCACCGAGAAAACAGCUGGCUGGAUAACGAGCUCUACAGCUACUGAACAAGACUUUAUCCUAACACAAUAUUUGUGUUGCCUCGAGUCUGGGAUGUCCUCAGAAAUUCCAAAGAAUAGCAUAAGACCUAUUUCCGUCGUCCAUGUCAAUGGGCACUGAGCUGAGAAAUAAACAGCAGUGAGCUUGGCAUCUUGUAGUCAGUUGAGCAUUAUUUCUGAUUGAGUCUCCUAUGGCAGGCAAAAACAAAAAAGGCUCCGAAUCUCAGAUAAUCUAAGAUACUGAUCAGCUCUCUGUCUCUG